AGACAAUUCACCACAAAUCACUUCCUCCUGUUAAGGACAAGAUAACUCACUUCAGCCAUCGCCAUGACCUGCAUCGAUACGAGGUGCAGAAACGAGACAAAAUCAAUUGCAACAUAUGUGAGGCAGAAAUUCUAGACAAGGCUUGGAGCUGUGAAAGUUGUAAAUUCUUCAUUCACAAGUCAUGUGAAAGCAUCCCACAAAAGAUCAAACACAAAUCCCACCUUCGCGACACGCUCAUCCUCCGAUCUUCCACCAAUUAUGCAUGUGGAGAGUUCAUUUGUGACGCUUGUUGUGACUCUGACAAGGGCUUUCACUACCACUGCUCUCCAUGCAAGUUCGACAUCCAUGUUGCCUGUGCCGGCUUGCCCUCUGCCGUGAACCAUCCAAUGCACAAAAAUCCGCUUAUCCUUUGCUAUGAUUUCCCCGUCCGUAGUUCUGAAACUGUCAAGUGUAAAGUUUGUGAACUGAAGAUCAAUAAGAAAGGGUGGGCAUACUAUAACGACGAUUCCAAGUUUAUUGCUCAUAUAUAUUGUGCAGUCAAUAAGAAAAAGAAAGAUUCAAUUCUCGCGAUCCAGAAACGCUUACAAUCUCUUCAAAUGAAAUAAGCAGCCAAGAAGCCAACCCUUCGCCAUUUAAGCAAUCUAUUAGGUUAUGUUAAUCUAUGUUUUUUAUUAAGUGCUAUGUUGUUAUUGUUGUGUUGUGUUGUGUUUCGGAAUAAUGAUCUUCGUGUCAACAUUGCUGCAUUUGUAAUUCUCUUGAUUUGUUAUGUUCGAGCACUUCAAUUACUAAAUAAUGCUCAUGUUAUGAUGUUCUUCUAUUCCAAUCUUUGUGUAUUGUGUACUUUGCAUUCCAUAA